GCUUCUCUUUCGGAUUCUCAUCCUAAUGCGGGCUGUUUCAGUAAAUAUUAUAGGCAUUCAAUUCUGUUAAUAAUGCUCGUGUUUUAGGUUAACCCUUAACAAGUGGCAAAGCCUAUAUUAAGUGGACAGGCUGGGACAAGGACUGUUAUUCCUCAGUUCAAGACGCUUUUUGAUGGAACGCUACAGAAAAGAAGUGACACCGCAAGUGUGCAAGAAUGAAAGGGAGAUGUGCUGCUUUACAUAAGCUAAGGCACAAACUCUACUUGCUCUUUGUGUCAUUGUCCAUUGUGUGUGUGCUGAAGCUUGUCUACGUAAAGGUCUCAUUGAAAAAACGCUUCUACAUUGAGCCCUAUGGAAUUACAGUAAGAUCAUCCAAUUCUCAGUCUAACAAAGAUGCCAUUGACUGCACUGCCAUUUAUCAGCUGGAUCCAGUAGAAAUUGGCAAGUCUUUGGAGAUAAGGCACAGAGACAUUGUGGAUUUGGAUGAUGAGAGUGUUGUGUCCUUUACUGAAGAUUGUCCAAAAUACCUAUCUGCAAGAGGUUACAAUGGCAUCUUCGUGACGGACGAGGAGCGUGACUUUCCAUUAGCCUACUCUUUAGUAGUGCAUAAGAACAUGCCCAUGGUAGAGAGGAUUAUCAGAGCCAUCUAUGCACCAAACAACAUAUACUGCAUUCAUUAUGAUCAGAAGUCCUCAAAAUCCUUUAUCACAGGAGUGAAAAACCUGGCCAAAUGUUUUCCAAACAUAAUUAUUGCCUCUAAACUGGAAUCAGUACAGUAUGCACACAUCACAAGACUCAAUGCAGAUCUCAAUUGCCUGUCAGACCUAAUGAGGUCAGAGGUCAAAUGGAAGUAUGCUAUCAAUCUGUGUGGGCAAGACUUCCCACUCAAGUCUAAUUAUGAGCUGGUGAAGGAACUGAAAAAACUAGACGGUGCAAACAUGUUAGAGUCAAGCCGACCAAGUGAGCUAAAGAAACAACGCUUCAGCUUUCAACAUGAACUGAAAGAUGUCCCAUAUGAGUACCAGAAAUUACCCAUUAGAACUACGCUACCUAAAAGCCCACCACCACAUGGUAUUGAGAUGUUUAUUGGAAGUGCCUACUUUGUCCUUUUGCGUGAUUUUGUCCAGUAUGUUCAGACUAGCCAGCUGGCAGAAGACUUCUUAGAAUGGUCCUCUGACACCUACUCUCCAGAUGAGCACUUUUGGGCAACAAUAGUACGAGUGCCGGGUGUGCCAGGAGAGAUCUCAAGGGCAGAGCCUGAUGUGACUGAUUUAAAGAGUAAAACCCGGCUGGUAAAAUGGAACUAUUUGGAAGGGUCUUUGUACCCUCCUUGUACUGGAAAACAUAUGCGUAGUGUUUGCAUUUAUGGUGCUGCAGAACUCAGGUGGCUCUUGAACUAUGGCCACUGGUUUGCAAACAAGUUUGAUCCCAAAGUUGACCCUGUCCUUAUUCAAUGUCUUGAGGAAAAACUUGAAGAGAGUAAAAUUCAACAUCGCUUGAACACAGUCUCUUAAAAAGUGGUAGAGAUUGAAGACCUUUAUUUAUGACCUAGUUCAUGGACCUAGAGGGGUUUAUGCUUUUGUACUUGUUUUCUAACUAGUGAAAGUGAAAGUGACGUGACAUACGGCUAAGUAUGGUGACCCAUACUCAGAAUUUGUUCUCUGCAUUUAACCCAUCCGAAGUGCACACACACACAAACAGUGAACACACACACACCGUGAACACACACCCGAGAAGUGGGUAGCCAUUUAUGCUGCGGAACCCACAGCCUUCGGGUUACAAGUCAGACUCUCUAAUCAUUAGGCCACGACUGCCCUAAACUAAAAACUAAAACUGUCUUGCACCUAUUAUAAAGCAAAAUAUUAUGUUUUGUGUAGGACUUUGUUUCAUAUGCUAGUGAAAUGUUUAAUGCAAUACAAGCUCGAAAAUAAUCAAUGCAUUUUGCCAUUAAAAUCAAACCAAAACGUAUGACAACAAUGGCCUUUUUAAAGUGCCUUUCAGCUCCCAGAUAGAGAUGGUCUCUAUUGUUGCCUUACUAAAGACCUAUGAAAGGUAUUAUUAGAAAGCACAGAAUACCAAAUAUUCUACCUCGGUUGUCUUUAUUAGAAUUUAUUAUUAAAGAAAGGCUUCAAUAAAGGUUUCUCAUUUAUAU